CGGGGGUGGCCGGGGACACAGGAGCGGCGGCCGCGGAGCAGCGAGCAGCGCGGCGCGGAGCCUCGACGGCACCUCGCUGCAUGGAACCGGGCUGCUGAGGGCAGUGGGCGCGGGACAGCGGCCGACCCUUCCCGGAUCCCGGUGCCGAGCCUGCUUGCUGUCUCCCGGCAGCCUGCGGGCGUCCCCGGGUCCCUGGGACCUGGCCUUCUGGUCGCCCAGCCAUGGAGCGGUGCAGCCGCUGCCGUCGCCUCCUCCUGCUCCUGCCUCUGGUGCUGGGGCUGAGCGCUGCCCGGGGCUGGGCAGGUGCGCCCCCUGUGGACGUGCUCCGGGCCCUGAGGUUCCCCUCCCUUCCUGACGGUGUCCGGAGGGCCAGAGGCAUCUGUCCGGCUGAUGUGGCCUACCGCGUGUCCCGGCCUGCCCAGCUCAGCGCACCCACCCGCCAGCUCUUCCCAGGAGGCUUUCCCAAAGAUUUCUCUCUGCUGACUGUUGUCCGGACCCGCCCUGGCCUCCAGGCGCCCCUCCUGACUCUCUACAGUGCCCAGGGUGUCCAGCAGCUGGGCCUGGAGCUCGGCCGACCUGUCCGCUUCCUGUACGAGGACCAAACCGGGCGGCCUCAGCCCCCGGCUCAGCCGGUGUUCCGCGGCCUCAGCCUUGCGGACGGCAAGUGGCACCGCGUGGCUGUGGCUGUGAAGGGCCAGUCUGUCACCCUCAUCAUUGACUGCAAGAAGCGAGUCACCCGGCCUCUUCCCCGAAGUGCUCGUCCGGUGCUGGACACCCGCGGAGUGGUCAUCUUUGGGGCCCGCAUCCUGGAUGAAGAAGUCUUUGAGGGCGAUGUCCAGGAGCUUGUCGUCGUUCCUGGAGUCCAAGCCGCCUAUGAGUCCUGCGAACAGAAGGACCUGGAGUGUGAGGGGAGCCGGAGGGAGAGACCGCAGAGCAGACAGUCCCACCGGGCCCAGAGGUCUCCGAAGCAGCAACCACCACGGCUUCACAGGCCACAGAACCAGGAGCCCCGGCCACAGUCCCAGCCCUCUGAGUCUCUUUACUAUGACUACGAGCCUCCCUACUACGAUGAGAUGACCACGGGGACAACCCCUGAUUAUCAGCGGCCUCAGAGCCCCAACCAUGGGGCUCCCCCUCCCCCCGGGGGGCUUCGGACCCCUCCCCGAAAGUCUAACCCACCUGCCAAGAGGUCAGCGGCCCGGCAGGCGCCCCCCUCACCAGGCCGGAAGCCCUCUGGCUCAGCACACAGCCAGCCUCCCCCCUCCCGACCAGUUCGGCAGGCCGCUCCCCCAACUGCCCGGGCCCCCCCCAGGACCAGAGGCAGCGGUUACCGGCAGGUUGCCCAUGGACCCCGGGGGCUGAAGGGUGAGAAGGGAGAGCCGGCAGUGCUGGAACCUGGUAUGCUUGUGGAGGGACCCCCUGGCCCAGAAGGCCCUGCGGGGUUGGCUGGACCCCCUGGGAUCCAGGGGAACCCAGGCCCGGUUGGAGACCCUGGAGAGAGGGGCCCCCCUGGCCGAGCAGGGCUCCCUGGAUCCGACGGGGCCCCUGGCCCUCCCGGCACCUCCCUCAUGCUCCCAUUCCGGUUUGGUAGCAGUGGGGGUGACAAGGGCCCUGUGGUGGCAGCGCAGGAGGCUCAGGCCCAGGCGAUUCUGCAGCAGGCACGGCUGGCGCUGCGUGGACCCCCAGGCCCGAUGGGAUACACAGGCCGUCCUGGACCCUUGGGGCAGCCUGGGAGCCCUGGCUUGAAAGGAGAAUCAGGAGACCUAGGACCUCAGGGCCCCAGAGGACCUCAGGGUCUCGCAGGCCCUCCCGGCAAGGCUGGGCGGAGGGGCCGAGCCGGUGCUGACGGAGCCCGAGGGAUGCCGGGAGAACCUGGAGUGAAGGGUGAUCGAGGCUUUGAUGGUCUCCCAGGUCUACCUGGGGAGAAGGGACAUAGGGGUGACACGGGUGCCCAGGGCCUUCCUGGGCCCCCCGGUGAGGACGGAGAGCGGGGAGACGACGGGGAGAUCGGGCCUCGGGGGCUGCCUGGAGAGUCGGGACCUCGAGGACUCCUUGGUCCCAAAGGCCCCCCUGGCAUCCCUGGGCCCCCGGGAGUCCGAGGCAUGGAUGGACCCCAGGGUCCCAAAGGAAGCUUGGGCCCUCAGGGAGAGCCAGGACCUCCCGGACAGCAGGGCACUCCUGGGACCCAGGGUCUCCCCGGGCCUCAGGGUGCCAUCGGCCCUCACGGUGAGAAGGGUCCUCGCGGGAAGCCGGGGCUCCCUGGCAUGCCUGGCGCAGAUGGACUCCCGGGUCACCCGGGGAAGGAAGGUCCUCCUGGAACCAAAGGAAACCAGGGUCCGUCUGGACCUCAGGGUCCUUUAGGAUACCCGGGACCUCGAGGUGUCAAGGGUGUGGAUGGCAUCCGGGGUCUGAAGGGUCACAAAGGUGAAAAGGGUGAGGACGGCUUCCCCGGGUUCAAAGGUGACAUAGGCGUGAAGGGUGACAGGGGUGAGGUUGGAGUUCCUGGUUCCCGGGGAGAAGAUGGUCCCGAGGGGCCGAAGGGACGCACUGGACCCACGGGAGACCCUGGGCCUCCCGGGCUCCUGGGCGAGAAGGGCAAGCUGGGCGUUCCUGGCCUGCCUGGUUACCCUGGACGCCAGGGUCCCAAGGGGUCCCUGGGAUUUCCUGGCUUCCCCGGAGCCAGUGGAGAGAAAGGAGCCCGGGGCCUGUCUGGGAAGGCGGGACCUCGGGGCGAGCGAGGCCCCACGGGCCCACGGGGCCAGCGGGGACCCCGAGGAGCCACCGGCAAGUCUGGAGCUAAGGGAACAUCCGGAGGUGACGGCCCCCACGGGCCGCCCGGAGAGAGGGGCCUCCCUGGACCCCAGGGCCCCAAUGGAUUUCCCGGCCCCAAAGGCCCCCCGGGACCCCCUGGGAAGGACGGGCUGCCCGGACACCCAGGCCAGAGAGGAGAAGUGGGCUUCCAAGGGAAGACGGGCCCUCCCGGCCCCCCUGGCGUGGUGGGACCCCAGGGAGCAGCAGGAGAAAGCGGUCCCAUGGGGGAGAGAGGUCACCCAGGUCCCCCAGGACCUCCUGGAGAGCAGGGACUGCCUGGCACAGCGGGAAAAGAAGGAACAAAGGGUGACCCCGGCCCCCCUGGGGCUCCAGGGAAAGAUGGUCCAGCUGGCUUGAGGGGCUUCCCAGGGGAGAGAGGUCUCCCCGGCACUGCUGGCGGACCUGGUUUGAAGGGGAAUGAAGGCCCAGCUGGCCCUCCGGGCCCUGCAGGCUCCCCUGGAGAACGAGGUGCAGCAGGAUCAGGGGGACCCAUUGGUCCCCCCGGGCGCCCAGGCCCGCAGGGUCCGCCAGGAGCAGCAGGCGAGAAAGGCGUCCCGGGCGAGAAGGGUCCUAUUGGUCCCACUGGCCGCGAUGGGGUGCAGGGUCCUGUGGGACUUCCUGGCCCUGCUGGACCCCCUGGCGUGGCUGGAGAGGAUGGCGACAAGGGUGAGGUGGGAGACCCUGGACAGAAGGGCACCAAAGGGAACAAGGGCGAACAUGGCCCUCCUGGACCUCCUGGACCCAUUGGUCCUGUGGGGCAACCUGGAGCAGCGGGAGCUGAUGGGGAGCCUGGAGCUCGGGGGCCCCAGGGACACUUUGGAGCCAAAGGUGAUGAAGGAACAAGAGGCUUCAAUGGAUCCCCAGGACCCAUUGGUCUACAGGGCUUGCCAGGCCCCUCCGGGGAGAAGGGAGAAACAGGUGAUGUGGGUCCCAUGGGACCUCCUGGCCCCCCAGGACCACGCGGCCCGGCCGGACCCAACGGCGCCGAUGGCCCGCAAGGUCCCCCCGGAGGUGUUGGGAACCUGGGGCCCCCUGGAGAGAAGGGGGAGCCAGGAGAACCAGGGUCUCCAGGGGUCCAGGGCGAGCCAGGCGUCAAGGGACCACGUGGGGAGCGCGGGGAGAAAGGAGAGUCGGGGCAGGCGGGAGAGGCCGGGCCGCCCGGCCCCAAAGGCCCCACGGGCGACGAUGGCCCCAAAGGCAACCCUGGUCCUGUCGGUUUCCCUGGGGACCCCGGCCCUCCCGGAGAAGUCGGCCCUAGGGGCCAAGAUGGUGCUAAGGGCGACCGAGGAGAGGACGGCGAGCCAGGCCAGCCUGGAUCCCCUGGUCCCACUGGGGAGAACGGGCCGCCUGGACCACUGGGGAAGCGGGGUCCUGCUGGCACACCCGGCCCCGAGGGGCGACAGGGCGAGAAGGGAGCCAAGGGGGAUCCUGGUGCUGUGGGCGCCCCAGGGAAGACAGGCCCUGUGGGUCCCGCGGGCCCAGCUGGAAAACCUGGCCCUGAUGGGCUGAGGGGGCUCCCGGGCUCAGUGGGGCAGCAAGGCCGUCCUGGAGCCACAGGCCAGGCCGGGCCGCCGGGUCCUGUGGGACCCCCAGGGCUUCCUGGCCUCCGGGGUGAUGCAGGAGCCAAAGGGGAGAAGGGCCACCCAGGUCUCAUUGGACUGAUUGGCCCCCCUGGAGAGCAAGGAGAGAAGGGUGACCGGGGACUUCCUGGCCCUCAGGGCUCCGCUGGACAGAAGGGAGAGACGGGUAUCCCAGGAGCAUCUGGCCCCAUCGGUCCUGGAGGGCCUCCCGGCCUCCCUGGACCUGCUGGCCCCAAAGGAGCCAAAGGAGCCACAGGCCCAGCUGGACCUAAGGGAGAGAAGGGCGUCCAGGGCCCCCCAGGACACCCGGGCCCUCCGGGCGAGGUGAUCCAGCCGCUGCCCAUCCAGAUGCCCAAGAAGACGCGCCGCUCCGUGGACGGAAGCCGUCUGACACAGGAAGACGAGGCCGUGCCGACUGGGGGCGCCCCGGGCAGUGCUGGGGGACUGGAGGAGAUCUUCGGCUCACUUGACUCCCUGCGGGAGGAGAUCGAGCAGAUGAGGCGGCCAACGGGGACCCAGGACAGCCCCGCUCGCACCUGCCAGGACCUGAAGCUCUGCCACCCGGAGCUGCCCGAUGGAGAGUACUGGGUGGACCCCAACCAGGGCUGCGCCCGGGACGCCUUCCGGGUUUUCUGCAACUUUACAGCGGGAGGGGAGACGUGUGUGACACCCAGGGAUGACGUCACCCAGUUCUCUUACGUGGACUCGGAGGGCUCCCCGGUCGGUGUGGUCCAGCUCACCUUCCUGCGCUUGCUCAGCGUCUCGGCGCACCAGGACGUCUCUUACCCCUGCUCUAAAGCGGCCCUCGACAGUCCCCUGAGACUACGGGGAGCCAAUGAGGACGAGCUGAGCCCGGAGACCAGCCCCUACGUCAAGGAGUUCCGAGAGGGCUGCCAGACACAGCACGGCCGGACGGUGCUGGAGGUGCGCACCCCAGUGGUGGAGCAGCUGCCGGUGCUGGAUGCCUCCUUCUCAGACCUGGGGGCCCCCCCGAGGCGAGGAGGGGUGCUGCUGGGCCCUGUCUGCUUCAUGGGCUAGGACCUUCUCGUCGGACCUGCCCGUUGCCCCCAGGCCCACCUGGAAUCACACAGCAUCGGCUCUGCGUCACUUCCUUCCCGGGGCUCCUCACCAUCGGGGCCUUGCGCCGGGACACUGAGAGCCCCCCAGUCAGGGGCGGUCAGGGGAGGGGCGAUGCUGGGUGCUGGGGAUGCCCCAGGGGAGGGUGGCAUCAGUGGCUCCCGGCCCUCCCAGCUGGAGCCUGUGACCCGUUAGAGAGCUGAGACCCUUAUUUAAAACUCACCUGCCAAUCACCCCAAACAAGUGGAAGAGAAGAGAAAGGACACUGUGUAUUUUGUAUUUAAAAGUAAUUAUAUUAAUUAUUUAAAGAGUGGAAAACACUAUAACAAAAAGGAUAAAGAGAGAAAUGCCAACGGAAGUCCCCGAUGUUGGAGACAGGCUCUCUGAGGGUGGGCCGCACCCCGACUUCGCCUCAGGGCCUUCCUCAGGGACUGUGUGUGUGGGGGUGGCUGGGUGAACCCCACCUCCCUCACACCCCCCAGUAGCACCCACUGUGAACGCUGGAACACACGGUCUCCUCAGGGCUCUGGCUCUCCCCUGGGUGGGGCUCCCUCACCCCGACCUGCCAGGGGUUGGCUCCCUGCCCUGACGCCUGCUGUCCUGUGUCACUUGGUCUGGGUCUGGCAGGACCUGGCUGCUACUUGAGGACCCGGUUAUGCUCCCAGAGAAGACAUGGAGUAGAGGGGCCUGCGUUCAGCAGAUUCUUAAAUACUGAGCUUCUUCCGUAUCGGCUGGUAAAUCUCUGUGGCCCUGAGCUCCUGAAGCGUCUCAUUGUCAUCCUGGUCAUAUCGGCCGUCCUCUGGACCCCUUCCCCGAUCCUGCAAUUAAAGGGUUAAUGUGUGGCCCGAGGAUGGAAGAGGACACCAGCAACCUGCCUAGCCGCCAGCCUUGUGUCCUGCUGACUGAUGGUUAAAUAAUGUGAUUGUCUGCUCCCGGG